UAUAUAUAUAUAUAUCUCAAUAUACAUAUAUAUAUAUAGUAAUACUACUAGUUUGUAUCCAUGUCUCCUUCAAUGAGUUUGGCAGUGAAUGAAAACACCAAAGAAGAUGAGCAACUAUACCAGAAAGGAGUGAAACAUCUAUGUGAGAGGGGGAUUAAAAAAGUUCCAACAAAAUACAUAUUGCCGGUUUCGGAACAACCCUAUUCAAGAAAGGAUGAUCACAAUGCUGCAAACCCUAAUCUCAAGCUACCUGUCAUCGAUUUCGCUCAGUUGCAAGGUUCCAACAGGUCCCAAGUUCUUGACUCCAUUGCAAAAGCUUGCCAAGACUAUGGUUUUUUUCAGUUGAUAAACCAUGGCAUGGCAACAGAUGUUAUAAGCAGCAUGAUAGAUGUAGGUAAGAAAUUUUUUGAGCUCCCCUUUGAUGAGAGAGAAAAGUACAUGUCAUCGGAUAUGCGGUCACCGGUCCGGUAUGGAACAAGCUUCAAUCAAAACAAAGAUGGUGUGUUUUGUUGGAGAGACUUCUUGAAGCUCAGCUGCCAGCCCUUAUCAGAUGUUCUUCCCUAUUGGCCUUCUUCUCCUGUGGACUUAAGGGAGGCCGCGACAAACUACUCGAAGCAAACUAAAUUCUUGUACCUAAUGCUAAUGGAGGCGAUCCUGGAGAGCCUGGGAUUGGUGGAGACCAUUGGAGAGAGCGAGAAUUUGAGAGAAUUUGAAGAUGGUAGCCAACUCAUGGUGGUGAAUUGCUACCCUUCAUGUCCAGAACCAGACCUAACACUUGGCAUGCCACCUCACUCAGACUAUGGCUUGCUCACACUUCUUCUUCAAGAUGAAGUCAAGGGCCUUCAGAUACAGCAUCAAGGGAGAUGGGUAACAGUCGAGCCGAUUCCAAACUCAUUUGUUGUCAAUGUUGGUGACCAUCUUGAGAUAUUUAGCAAUGGCAGAUACAAGAGUGUGCUACAUAGGGUUCUAGUGAAUUCUUCAAAGUCGCGAAUCUCAGUUGCUUCAUUGCACAGUCUGCCCUUUGACAGCAUGAUUCGUCCAUCGCCAAAGCUCAUUAACGAAGACAAUCCGAGGCGUUACAUGGACACAGACUUCGCCACUUUUCUUGAAUAUGUUUCAUCUUGUGAACCCAAGAGCAAGAAUUUCUUGGAGUCUAGGAAAUUGAUCACUUGAAGGAGAAACAUAGAUUAUAUUAGAAUCAUGUAAAAAUCUAUUUGUUUUGACUAUUGUAGAAGCUUAUAGAAGUAAAUAUGAUCAAAUGGGAGGUCAUAUUUUUCUUCAAAUUUAACCUAUAUUAGCAGCUUAUAAAAUAAAAAUGAUCAAAUGGGAGGUCAUGUAUUUCUUAAAACUGAACUUAUACUUUGAGAAGAAUAGUAUAUAAUAAGAGCAUCUUUUUUUUUUGCUUUUCAAGCUACAUUCUUGUUACUUUGUUUUUCUUUGUGAAGGGUAGUGAAUGCUAAAUCUCUUGAUUCUCAAUGUAUAAGGCAUUCUCAUAAGGGUAAAACUAUACAAAAAAAAAAAAAAAAACAAAAACAAAAACAAAAACAAAACAACCCUAGACAAAAGUGAGCAUAUGGACCAAUGUGGUGCAUUUACCCUUGAGUCACUUUCAGAGAAAACGCAGCUAGUAUAUGUCCUAUAAUGUGAAAAAAAAAAAAAAAAAAAUCUCUAAUUGGAAUAUAUCUGUCUUAUAAUUAUUCACACGAAAGUCAGCUAUUUGUGUCCCUACAAGAUUCGAGUGAAUGACCAAGCAAUUUCAUACGGAGUAAUAAAAAAAAAAUGGUCAUAUAUUAAUUUUUUCCAUGCAUGAUUUAGAUUUUUCU